AAAAUAUCUUCUCUUCAACCUUCAGAAAAAUGAAGCUGGUCUAUAGAUGGACCAAAGAUUCCCUGUAGAUUCAGAUCCUCGGUUUAUACGACCAAAGAAGAGGGGGCGAGUUGUUCUAGACUCUCGUUUUUCCUCAAUUCUUGAUCCAGAGUUUUCAGAACAGCCUUUAUUUGAUAAAUAUGGACGGCGUUUAAAGGAUAGAAGAAAGGACUUGAAGGAUGUUAAGUCCCUGUACAUUUUACCGGAAAAAAACGGCAGUGAUUUAGACGAUUUUGAGGUUAAAAACAAGAGUUUAGAAAAAAAGGAUUUAGAUGGGGAUAAAACCCAUGAAAAAGGGCCAGAAAAGCCUUAUACAUCAUCAGAAGAGGAUGAUAUUUCAUCAGAAGAAGAUUUAUCGUCAGAUUUUUCGUUAAAAGAUGUAGAAGAUGUAGAACUGGCUGAUCCAGAGCCAGAAAAUGAGAUUCCAAGGGGAGAAAUGACUUCCAGACUGGCAGUUGUUAAUCUUGACUGGGAUCAUAUUCGUUCAGUUGAUAUUUUUGCGGCGCUUGGCAGUUUUGUGCCCAAAGGAGGGAGUAUUUUGAGUGUUAAGAUUUAUCCUAGUGAAUUUGGGAGAAAAAGAAUGGAAAAAGAGGAUAUACAAGGUCCUCCUAGAAGUAUUUUUUGUAGGAGCCCUUCAAGGGAUUCAUUAGUUAAAAAUAAGGCUCAAGAAUUGGGGGAGUUUCAUAAAGAAAUUGAAAAUAGUGUAGAUGAUUCAGAUGCAGAUGAUUCAGAUGAUGCAGAUGAUGCAGAUAGUUCAAGUGAUGAAAAGAUACAAAAAGAGAUAGUAAAGGAAGAUAAUGGUAAUGAUUUCAAUAUGACACAGCUUCGAAAGUAUCAGCUUGAAAGACUUCGUUAUUAUUAUGCAAUUGUUACAUGUGAUUCAAUUGAUACUGCAAAACAUAUAUAUAUACAUUGUGAUGGCAGGGAAUAUGAAGCAUCAGCUAACUUUUUUGAUUUAAGAUUUGUUCCAGAUAAUGAAUCAUUUGAUUCAAUGCAAAUAAGAGAUGAAUGUUCAUCACUUCCAGAAGGCUAUACUCCUGAAGAAUUCGUUACAGAUGCUUUAAAACAUUCAAAUGUAAAGUUAAUGUGGGAUAAUGAUGAUCCUGUUUAUCUUCAAAUGGUAAAACGGGCAUUCUCCGGAAAAGAAAUAGAUGAAAAUGAUUUCAAAGUAUAUUUAGCAUCAACAGAUAGUGAUGCAAGUGAUGCUGAAACUACAAAAAAGUAUCGUUCACUUCUUUUAAACAAUGAUGAUCCUUUAAAUGACCAAAUUGACCAAAAUAACAUUCUUGGCGAUAUGAAGGUUACAUUUAUGCCUGGAAUAGACGAUCAAAUUUCAGAUCAUGUCCCUCCUGAAACUUCUUUGGAAAAAUAUAAGAGAAAAGAAAAAGAAAGAAAGAAAAGAAACAAAGAUAAACACAAUUCUACACUGGAAAACUCUCUUCUUGAUUCUAACCUCAAUAAAAACAUCGAUCUUGGCUUCAAUGAUCCUUUUUUCUCACUGGAUUCUUCUUCUACACAAACAAAACAUAAAACUCAACUCAAACAUAAAAAUAAAAUCAUACAAAAUUAUACAAAAAAAACAAAACAACCUCCACAACAUCUACAACAAAAUAAUACUCCUGAUCCCUUUCAAUUGGAUUUAGAUGACCCUCGCUUCUCUGCAAUGUACUCAAGUCAUCAUUUCGACAUUGAUCCUACAAAUCCUCGUUUUAAAAAAACUCAUUCAAUCAUCAAAAUCAUGCAAAAACGUCAAUCUAUUCAAAAUUCUUCUUCACAAAAAAAAAUCCACUAAUCUUUCUACAACUUCACUAUUUUCUACUAUAUUCAUCUACAAAAAACUCUCAAAAAAUACAC